AAACAAGAAUUACCUAUAAUUAAUAUUAUAUGUAUAUAUGGAGAGAUCAUUGGAUAUUCAAUUCAUUGCGGAUUUAAAAUUCUGAGAGGUAAGUAAGGUUUGAUUUCAUAUCUCUCAUUUCUCCUUUUUCUUUUAAUGUCAAUUAAGUGCUGGGACGACUUACAUUUGCAAACGUACUUUUAGUGCUAUUCACGAAACCUCUCUCUCUCUUUCUAGAUUGAGGAAGGGCCUCUGCAGUCAUAAGCAUCAUCCUUCUGUUUGGAUGCUGAGAAUUUACUUUCUCUUUGUGCAGAGCACAUACAGAUAAUCAGCCUAUGGAACUUGGUUAUGGAGUUGGUUCAUAACCCAAAAAGGGACAAUUUCACUGUUGAUUAGAGCUGUAACUAUCAAUUUCCAUAUUGGAUUGGACAAAAAGUUUUGGGCAAGAUAAAAGAGACGCUCUGUAAUGUAAUAAUUUCCUACAAGAUUUGUUAUUUAUAUGUUAAUUAUAUGACUUUCUUCUACCCUGUAUCAGAUUUGGAGAUAAAUGGAAGAAGGUAAUAUAGGAGAGGAGGAGUCAAUUACCUCCGAGAAAGAAAUUUUCAGUCUUUCGGGGCCUGUGCAUCUCGCUUCUGUCGACUGGAAUAAUUUUCAUCAUCGAACAUCCAUUGCUGCAAGCUUGGUUGAGGGAGUAUACAUUCUGGAACAUGAACGUCAACGGAAUCGCCAAGGCCCUCAAUCUCUUGCUCCGCCUUGGUGGGAAUUCUUCCAUUUUCAAUUGAAUCAUCUUCUUAUAGAUGUUGAUGGCUCCAUCUUUGGUGCCGUAUAUGAAUUCAAGUACUUUGCUUAUCAUUCAGCCCAAAAUGCCCCAAGAUUUGUUGUUGCCUUUCGGGGCACGAUCAUAAAGCGAGGGUCUAUUUUACGGGAUUUUGAGCUGGAUCUCCUUUGCCUAUGCAACGAACUUCAUCGAAGCUCCCGCUUCCAGCUUGCAGGGCAAGCUCUCCAGAAUAUCGUUGCUUUAGCUGGACCUACAAAUGUUUGGUUAGCUGGACAUUCUUUGGGGUCGGCUAUUGCGUUACUCGGAGGAAAGAAAAUGGCCACGAUGGGUAUUCCUAUUGAAAGUUACUUGUUCAAUCCACCACUCCUCUCUUCCCCAAUAGAAAUAAUCAAGAAUCAAAAGCUGAAGCAUGGAAUCCACUUCACAAGCAGUAUGGUAAAAGCAGGACUUGCUGUUGCUCUAAAGGGUAACCACCAGCGGUCUCAGCAAGAAGAUCCAUUUGUUGCAUUAUCUACCUGGCUUCCUUACUUGUUUGUAAAUCCAGCUGAUCCUAUUUGCUCAAAGUAUAUUGGGUAUUUUGUGCAAAAGAACGGGAUGGAGGGGACUGGAACUGGAAAAUUUGAGAGACUAUUGGCUGCUGGGAGUAAGCUUUUAGGUGCACCAGGGAGGGAUUCAGAACCAUCGCAUCUAAUUCCUUCAGCAUGUCUGACUAUUAAUCUUAGUGAAUCUCCAAGUUUUAAACAAGCUCAUGGAAUUCACCAGUGGUGGAAUCCUAAUUUAAAAUUUCAAAGCGAACUGCACAAGUUCAGCUAAUGCAUUGGAGUUUUUAACAUGGAAUACUAAUAGUAGAUCUGAUGCACUGUUUAGUUGAAACCUCUGAAAAUAAUUCUUUACUUUCUGUAUAAAUCAAACAUUCAAUUGAAGGAUUCAGCAACUUUCCUUCCUAGAGUAAUUCCCACCAAGGUGGAGCAUGAGCUUGAGAUAAUCAAGCUCAACCAUUAGAACAUGUGCUGUAGUUUAUUUUGCAGAAUAUGUAUGAUUCAUUCUCCCACA